GCCAAAAACAAACAGAGAGAAACAACGGAAGAGAAAAAAAAUCGAAGUGUAAAAGAGAGAGAGCCCAGAUACAGAAGGAGGUGCCCAUCCAAGCCCUAGAGUUCUCUCUCACUUACACACUCACUCAAUUCAUCCAUCGACUCGCGCACCACUAAAUUGAUUUCAAAGUCAAAAGGGUCGUUUUCGGAACUACUGAAAAUAUGCAUAAAUUAAAUAGGAGCAACCGUGACAAGCUCCAGCAGUUUGUGACGAUAACCGGAGCUAGUGAAAAAGUUGCAUAUCAGGCUUUGAAGUCCAGUGAUUGGAAUCUUGAAGGUGCAUUUGAUUUUUUCUACAGCCAACCUCAAGUAAAAUCAGUAACUGAUACCAGACAUUUGGAGGAACUUUAUAACAGAUAUAAAGAUCCAUAUGCUGAUAUGAUUAUGGCUGAUGGUAUAACACUUCUUUGCAAUGACCUUCAGGUGGAUCCUCAAGAUAUAGUAAUGUUAGUUGUUUCAUGGCACAUGAAGGCUGCAACAAUGUGUGAAUUCUCCAAGCAGGAGUUCAUAGGUGGAUUGCAAGCACUAGGGAUAGAUUCUCUGGAUAAGUUCCAUGAAAGGAUACCAUAUAUGCGUACUGAACUGAAAGAUGAACAAAAAUUUCGUGAGAUAUACAACUUUGCGUUUAGCUGGGCAAAAGAAAAGGGUCAGAAAUCUUUGGCAUUGGAUACUGCAAUCGGAAUGUGGCAGUUAUUGUUUGCAGAGAAGCAGUGGCCAUUGGUUGAUCACUGGUGCCAGUUCUUACAGGCUAAGCAUAAUAAAGCAAUCUCUCGGGACACAUGGUCCCAACUAUUGGAAUUCGCAAAGACGGUGGAUCCUGCACUAUCAAAUUAUGAUGCUGAAGGUGCCUGGCCUUAUCUUAUCGAUGAAUUCGUCGAAUACUUGAACGAGAAUGGCAUCUCAAAAUUGUGAUGAACAACUACUGCACUGGUGAAUUGUGCGAUCAAAUGAGAUCAUCUUUCUUUAGUGUGAUUGUAAUUGUGCUGCCUUGUGAAAUCAUUUCAUGUUUGUUUUGGAAAAAGGAAAAACUAAUAAACUCGAAAAAUGUCUUCUAGCUCAAGACCUUUUAUUCUGUAUUGGUAAUCAAACUUUCCCAGUCAAUGGGGUGCUUGAUAUGUGUAUCCGUUAAUGACUAGUUUUCUCUUCCCUCA